AUGUCGUUUUAUCCAGACAAGAGCCCUCAGCCCGCGUCAAUCAAGACUGCGUUCCACUUGCUGUCUUAUUUCUUCGGAAUCGUCAUCGAGGAUGGCCUGGACAAAGUGACAGCGUUGGACGCCCACUGGUCAGCCGCUUGUUCCGAGUCGGCAUUGAUUGCCCUCCCAAGAUCCGCCCAUGAUGUUGCCGUGACUCUUAAGAUCGUACACUCUUUGCGCAUCCCAUUUUCCAUCCGCAGUGGUUGUCAUUCGCCGAACCCUGGCUGGUCCAGUACAGGACAGCAAGGUCUUAUGAUAGAUCUCCGGACCCUGAACCAGGUUACUGUCAGCGAAGACAGACAGAUCGUGAGCGUUGAACCUCGUGCAUUGUGGGGCGAUGUGUACAAUAGGUUGGAUUCUCACAGGAUCAGCGUUAUUGGCGGUCGCAUUCCAGCAGUCGGGGUUGGUAGCUUGAUACUGGGAGACGGGACCAUCGCCAAUGCAAAUGCGGACGAAAAGCCCGAUCACUUCUGGGCACUAAAGGGCGAGGUGCAAAUUUCGGUCAGACACGGACAGCAUCUAUUGGAUCUGUUAAAUAACUGUUGCAGGCAUCGUGACCCGUUUCGACCUGUACAGCAUCCCGUGCACAAUAUAUGGCACCAAGUGGGCAUAUAUCAAAUCGAAAAAGCCCCUGCCUUUUUUGAAGCAUUUGCAGAAUGGCAGGGUGACUAUUCAGAUGUGAGGGCUACCGUGGCAUUGGUUGUUCGUCUAGACAUUGUCACGCUAGGCUUGAUAUACUCUGAGCCCAGUUCUGAGCUGCCAGCUUGUUUUGCUCCUUUCAACGACAUACCAGCAAUUACCAACGCUGUUCCACCUACGAACGGUACAGUUCUAGCGCUGCCAAAGAUUCUGGGCGCGGCUGCUGCCCAUUGUUCUCCUCGGUAA